UUUCGCGCCGCGACGCCGUGCGGCAGGCCUCAUCCGCGCCGGCGGCUGGUCCAUGCGGGUUCAACGUCGUCGCGCGAGACGACGGCGACGAAGGGCGAACAUGCGACGCGGCCCGACAACGACGACUUAAAAGGAGCGUACGAUGACGUUCGUCCGGCAGAGUUACGCGAGUUAAUCGGCAAUCGAUCUCGAUCGGCGAUCGAUUCGGAUGCGGCCGACGCGCGCGUCUCGGCCCAACGACCAUGAUGAUGCUGCGCCUGAGACAGGGCAUUCGCGGGCCCGGCGUCGCGACGCUCGUCCUAGCGAAGACUCCACGUGAGCGCGGCUGUCAUCGGAGACGCGCCAAAGCGGCCGCCGAAUAUUAUCUGUGAACGCCCGGACCUUAUUAUCGUGGAUUUUACCCUCGUGGAUUUACGACAUUUACGAGCGAUUGUGUAAGAAUUUAUCCGUGGCUGCGGAAUCUUUCGCUCAGGAGGUUUUCACGAAGCUGAACGGUUCGGCAAAAUUUUGCUAAUAGCCCCCCAUUAAUAAUUAAGCCCCCCAGGCGUUAAUCGUGGUGCAGUGAGUAUCGAGACAUAUUCAUGCGCAUGUACGAAUUUUAAAUUACUCGCAUAAUCAAGUAUUAAACGUGUAUUAUUUUCGAAAAAAAAAGUUAAGUGUGUAUGCUGUUUCGAGAAGCAUUAUUCUCGAGAUUUGACAGAAAACUGAAUUUUUACUGUAAAGGAUAGAGUGAAAAGAUUGCGUAGUGUGCUGAUACAGCAAUAGACGUAUGGAUUGAUGAGUACACAUCGUACUCGCGAGAGUGAAUAUUGGAGUAAGGAUUAACAAGCAAGGAUCGGUAGUGCAGCGAGCGAUCGAGGUGUUAAAAAUGCUGUGUCGCUGGCUCGCCGUCCUGGUACUCGUUGGUUUUCUGCUGGUUAUCGAAGCGAUCGCGGUCAGCCAAGGUACGUUCACUCGCGAUCAGAGAGUCUUGAGUGGAAGUCUUGUACAAGGGAGUCGCAACGUCAGCGGCGUACCGGCUUUCGAGACGAACGUGCCACGGAAUGUCACUACUGCGGUCGGUCAGACCGCUUUUCUUCACUGCAGAGUUCAUCAGCUAGGCGACAAGGAGGUGUCCUGGAUGCGCAAACGCGACAUGCAUAUUCUGAGCGCAGGCAUUUUGAUGUACACAUCGGAUCUGAGAUUCCAGGUGAUCCAUCCGGACAAGUCGGAGAACUGGACGCUGCAGAUCAAGUCGCCGCAGGAGCGUGAUUCCGGUGUGUACGAGUGUCAGGUCAGCACCGAACCGAAGAUGUCACUCAACUACAGUCUCAACGUGAUCGAAGCGCGAGCCAGAAUAAUCGGUCCGCCAGAUAUCUACGUGAAGACCGGAAGCCUUUUGACAUUGACAUGUCUAAUGUCGCAAGGUCCUCACGAUCUGGGGACGGUAGCCUGGUUUCAGGGUAGUCAGGCGGUAGUGACGUCACCGCGAUCAGAAAAUGACAUCGAGGCGGAACCACGCAUAACCGUCGAGACGGAAUGGAGUGAUGCUCUCACAUCGAGAUUGAGGAUCACGUAUUUGAAACCCGGUGAUUCCGGAAACUACAGUUGCGUUCCUACCGUGGCGGAGAGAGCGAGUGUCAACGUACACGUGAUCAAUGGUGAACAUCCGGCCGCGAUGCAGCACGGAAAUACGGCAGCCGGCUCGCCCAAUUCCAAAACGGUACUGGUGAUGCUCGCCUUCCUUCUGGGUCAGCUGAGAUAAUGUGCGCGUACACGAAGGUCGCUCGAGACACUUAUGAAAUCGAUGGCCACGCAUAGCGAGGUGAUUGCCCACACAUCCUUAACUUUAAUUCUUUUGCACAGACUAUUCUGAAUUAGAUCCUGGAUAGUUAUGUCAUUUAGAUCGCGGGACGAUAAGACUACAUAAUUUACAUAAUUACGUAAUGUAAGGUCAUAGUCGGACAAUUAAAGUGAGGUUUAAGUUACUGAGAUCGGAAAAUGAAACUUAUGGAAUCUGCGAACUGAUACUUUUCAAACUGCGAUUUUUAUCUCUUUCAAUUAAUAGAUUUUCGAAGAACGAUAUUUCAACCCUUAUUCUCGACAUUAUUUUUUAUGGCGUUUGUUAUUUUGUUAUAGUUAUUUUUUUUUUAAUCGUAUAUAUGUAAAAUAGAAAUGCGUCGGUUAUAAACUAGAAAUUUUCUCCGUUUAAAUUACUCAUUUUGAAGCGAAAACUUUUUUGAAUUUGCCCCGUUAUUACUUUAAUUAUGUCGUAUUUUAGAUGCUCUCAUUGUGGCAUUUAUCUUGUCCUUUUUAAUCUCUCACGAAAAUACUCAUCUCGUUUAUCUUAAACUUAAUUGUGAGGUUGGCCGCUAGAAUGAGAAAUAUGAAGAUAAUCUCUGAGAGACAGCUAGUUCUUACGUAAUAAAGGGGAGACUCUGUGCCUAAGGGUUAAGGAGCGGAGUGUGAGGCAGCCGUAUACGGCGGCGUUUCAGAACCACGGAUUCUGCGCGACGAACUUUUCAGUCGACUUUUCUCCGAUUAUCCGAAAACUCGGAAAGAAAACGAACUCGGAGCCGAAACUUUUCAUACAUUUGUCGUAGCGACAGCGGCAAUAUAUUUGCAGUUGAAAACUGUACGUACAGAACAUUAAAUAGCUGCGUAAUGAUAACAAGCGAACCAAGGCGUUUUCACUUUGUUUCAGUAAUUGGCGUACUGAAAACGUUUUCAGUAAUUGGCAUACUGAAUAAAUAAUAUUUUCAACAUCAAUUACGUCCAAAAUUAAUAAUUAUCAUGUCGUGUUUAAUGACCGUUCGCCCAAAUAACAAACAGAUUCUCUCGUUUACUUUUAUUAAUUGACGAUGCAUCUGAUUCGUCGAACGCAUCGUUUUUUAAUUGUAUAUCGUAUUUCAAAUAUUCUUUUUUUUAUUUUUAAUUGUUUUUCUUUACAACACAAUUUGUAAACACAUUAAUAAUCAAAUAAUAGAAUAAUACCAAUCGCGAUACAAUAUCGAUUUAAUUCCGAUUUGUUUAUGGCAGAUAUAAUAAUCAAAGAAAAGCGAUUAAUUGGCGUGAUUCAGCAUGUAGUUAUUUUCGCAUGCUAAGCUUCUUUUGCAUUCUAUAUUCAAACAUAGAUGAUCAAAUAAUAAUAAAAACUACGUAUUCGCAAAUACUUAAUUAGCCAGACAUCUGUUUGGCUUAGCUCAAGAAAUUAGUUUAUGCUUCGCAAUUUAGCAUCGGUACAAUUCAGUGUUGAGAUAAUACACGGCAAGCGUUGAAAAAUGAUUCGUACGACCACAGACAGAACAGUCAAGGGUUCUUAUCAUAUCCACGAAUGACGAAAACGAGUGUCAAUAUUAUUCAAGAAUUUCAGCGACGUCGAGAUCAGGAUUCUUACAGUUUAUAAUUAAAGAUGGUUUCUGCGCGUCACGCGCGAGAGAAGGAUUAAAGAUUGCAUUGUCGUUGCUGAGAUUUUAGGAUAAUUGCGUCGUAAUAUCUAACAAUGACGCGGUGCAAACAUAAAAAUUAACGAUAAUGCGCAGCACGAAUGUUGACAUGAAGAGACAUAAUCGAGCGCGGAUGUCGCUAGGAAGAAGAUAGAGCGAGCAGAUUAAACAGAAUUAUGUCUCGCGCUUUUUCCCGACCAUAGAGAGAAAAUUCGUAAGAGGAAGGUGUUAAGUGUAAAAUAAAUGUGUCACGAGCAAGUUUAACCAAAGGGCGAUGUAAUAAAAAGGGGUAGACCGAUAGUCUCUCCACCCGCGGCAAAGUACUUUCUACUUACAGCAUAAGUGUUAAAUGAAACUUAAAGGAAAACACACACAGAGAAAACACAUAUACAUGCAUACACACACCUUACAGAUAAUAGUAGAGAAAUGUAUGUAAACCACACACACAUACACGCGCGUGACUUUACGACUCAUAUGAUUUACACCCACGACUAGCUCGAAAAAAGAAAAAAAAAACUGUGUUCCCUACCCACUCGCAUCCUUCUCACAAUCUGAGUUUUCACACGGUUCUCUUGCGAGAAAACGCAUUCUUGUACAUAAUGUUUUACUCUUGUAAAUAAAUUAUCCACACAA